UCAGCCAAAUGCCGCGAAGGAAUGACAAUUCAGUUUCUCUCUAAGUAUACUGCCGAAAUUAAUCGUGCUUUUACCACAUUUCUAAGACUUUUUGAAAUCCAAGAUACCUUGAGUCAGAUAUACCAUCUACAUGAAAAAUCAUUAGUAGGCUAUUCUGAUUUACCUAAGUUUAUGUCUUCCCACUUGUCUGCCAAACUUUCUGCUGAUCAUCCAUUGAGGUUGACUAUAACAGCAUUGGAACAAGGUUUGUCUGUUCUGGCUAGCCCAAUGGUCAAUGUCGAACACAGCGGUCAGGAUUUAACUGUCGAUAUUUUAUUGUUAGCACCAGAGAUUGCAGAUAAAGACAGGUUCUGCGUCGUACAACAUUUGACUCCACUUAAGUUUAAUAUUUCGGGAAAAUGUUUUUCAGGGCCUGUCCAACACAAACACCUCGCUUUAAUUAAUUGUCCAAAUGCAAGGCAGGUAGUCUCUUUAGAUGGAUUAGAUAGGUGUUUUAGAAGUCAAGUACGUUUCUUAUGCCCUAAAAAUGUAUUAAAGAUAGUUUCUAGCUUGCAAUGGUUAGGUUUUGCUUGCAAUCCAGACCUGAAACUUUCUUUCCCGCGAAACCAUGUGUGGAGGCAGUAUGAUUUUCCUACAUUGGAGUUACAUCAUAAGUCACUGACCAUCCCACCACCUAUCAAGAUUAAUCAUACAGUGAUCGACGAGUUGUUCCAGUGGCACUUUGCAGACAGUUUUGAUUGAUCAGAUAGACGAAACUACUCAGUUCACUUACAUCAAAUAUAUUGCUUUAGUUGCACUUGGUCUAUCAGUGGUAUAUUUCAUUGUUCUGUAUUCUUUGCCGGUGCAUCUCCAGAAUAUCUGUGCGACACUCCACACCAGCCAGUCCACCUACCUUGCCAACAGCAGUUGCAGAGAGUCACCAACAUAAAAAUUGCACACAUUGUUCAAAGCGCAGAAGGAUCAACCGACUGAAAACAACAUCCGCAGAAGAAAGUCGUACAACACACAAACCCGGAGAGAAAAGAAGUGAAGAUUAUCCAACACUAGUCAUUCAAGGAACUGAACUGAACUAAACUAUUUCUAUUUCGAUAAUGAAUUAUAUAAUAACUUUAACUUUUGGUUGAUUUUUCCCGAAUAUUAGAUGAAUUAACUGCCAUCCAGCUAGCGUGGGUUAGCAGGUUGUUCGCAACCUUUAAACAUCGAUGUGAGAGUCAGCCCCUAGAACAGGUCACUCCCGUAUUUCAUGUAAACCAAUAUUUUUCAUGGCAGACAUUCGAUUUAUUUUUAAGUUUCUUUUCCGGCCGCGGACGUGCCAUUGAUUGGGACACUGAUGACCUAGUUGAGUUUGUAAAUAUCAGCCAAUACUUCAUGGUUCGCGAACAGUUCUUAACUCAUGUCUUUCGGGCCCCAUUUCUGAUAAUUUUUACCCCUUGUACGAAGAAAAUCAGCUUUGAGCAGUAAUGUUCACUUUGAAAGUGAGGAAUUACCUUUCAGUAGCCCGUAGCCUUUGAGUUCACACGUCGCGCGAGUACGAGGCAAUUUUCGAUUUUGAUGAUCUGUUAUUAGCAGAUAACACAGACCACUUUAGGCAGUUA